UCACAGUCCAUACUUAUGUUGUACUUAAGAUAAAACAGGAAAAUAUUGUUUUACAGUUCAUACUUAUGUAAUGCUUAAGUACUGAAAAGGGGAGACUUACAGCCCUAUUCUCAUGCCCUCACAAAAGUCACCAACCUCACUACAGUGAUGUUUCUCACUAUAGUGAGGGUUACCUUAUUCUGGCGAAAAUUCAAAAGCUCAAAUGCUCACUAUUCUCACAAAUAUCUGUGACGUGUGAAAGCAGCCAUCAUAAUACAAAACAUCUGUGUUUGUUUUGUUUUGCAUAUUUGACAUUUUUUAAAAUAUUGAGAAUUGAGUGUUAUUAGCAUGGAGGAACUAUUAUUUGUAUAUGCGGCAAUUGUUGAGGAGGAGGAAUCGGGAGGUAGGAGAAAAAUUUUAAAGGGUUUGCGAGACAAAAGCGAUCCCUUUACUAUGCAAGACACUGCAUUUAUUAACACAUUUCGAUUCCCAAAAUCGCUAUGUAAAUUGCUGAUAAGUGAAUUGGUGCCGCAUGACGUGCAGAAGUCAAAUAUUCCUUUUGAUCUGCGUUUCCUGACGAGUUUAUAUUUUUACGGGCAUGGCUUUUAUCAAAAAUGCGUUGGUAAUAGUUAUAUGCUCUCUAUGAGCCAAUCCUCAGUGUCAAGAGCUCUGCACUUUAUUUCAAAACUGAUUGUGGAUGUUAAGGGAAGUGAAAUUUAUUUCCCUUCAAGCGCGCAGGAUGUGUCAGAUGCAAAGAAGGGAUUUUACACGAAAUUUGGGAUCAAGGGCACAAUCGGCGCAAUCGAUUGUACCCAUAUUGGGAUUGUUUCACCCUCAAGCACAGACGCCACUACUCCUCUCUCACUUUUUAUGAACCGGAAAGGAUUUUACAGCCUUAAUGUAGAAGCAGUUUGUGAUCAUCGACUUCUGUUCACCGCUGUCAACGCGAGAUAACCCGGGUCUUGCCAUGAUUCUGGUAUUUGGACCACAUCCCCAACACGUAUGCACCUCACAAAUACUUAUAGCACGUGGUGAUUCGUGGUUGUUAGGCGACCAAGGAUAUCCAUUGGAGCCAUGGCUGUUAACGCCAGUCGCUGAACCUUCAAACGCAAGGGAAGUGCGUUACAAUAAGUUGCACGCCAAAGCACGUAAUACCAUUG